AUGCCUCGAUUCAAAAGGCAUAGUGGUCGUCGCGAUUCAUCUGUGCGCAAUCUGAAGACGCUGACCAUAGAUAUCAAUUCUUCUAGCGAGUUUCCUUCGCUGUCCAGUGGAUCUCAGCCAGCCCAAACCCCAACGCCCGGACAAGCAAUUUGGAGUACCAUCAAUCAACGGUCAACUCAGCAAAAUCUGAUCCAAAGACAGCUGCAGCCUCCAGUGUCGUCACAAGCACCCUCACGAGCUUCGCAAACACAAUCUAAUCAACCUUCGCAAUCCCAUAUUACUCGCGACGACCUAUUUCCCUCAGCUUCCCAGUUCGCGACGCAGUUAGAUGAUUUUCGAAAUGGUGGCCAAGGGAUAAGUGGGCAGCUUUCGAGUAACACCCAGCCUCAGACGGGCAAUAUCGAGGAGUUUCCCCCCCUUGGAAAGCAUGCGGCAACUGAUCUUGGCCAAGAUCGCAGAGAAUCUCUAAUCCAAGCAGGAAACUUGGCAGCAUACGGGAAUACAAUGGCCUACCCUCAAGGUAUCCCAGGACAAGGGAGAGCGUCAGUGGGAAGUAAUUUACAAGGCCGCCGGGAUGGAGGUAGCAUCACUUCGCCGGGGCCCUCGGCGUCAGGUUCGUGUAUUGACGAUUCCACCAGCAUUAUGGCUAGGCAACCCACUACUCGUCCAGAAGGGUUCGCUGAACAGGCACAGCAAACAGCCGCUUUUCCAGAAGAAAAUCAGCCCCAAGAAGCAGCCGCGACAAGUCAAGGCACUGACCAAACUCCCCUCGCACAAAUGAGUGAUCGAGAUAAAUUCGGACUUGCUGGAUUACUCAGGAUGAUACAUAGUGAAAGCCCUGACGUUGCGAGUUUGGCGAUAGGACAAGAUUUAAUGAGUCUUGGAUUAGACUUGAAUCACCCGGAGCCCCUUCAUCCAUCCUUUGCUUCUCCAUUUGUCCCCUCGGGUUCUGGGGUGCCUCUCCAACCGGAUUUCACCCUGCCUGCAUGCUAUAAUGUUGCAAACGUACAACCGCUUCAAACUCGCAUUCCAAGCUUCACCGACGAAACGUUGUUUUACAUAUUCUACAGCAUGCCUCGCGACAUCAUGCAAGAACUUGUGGCUGAGGAAUUAAUGGGCCGAAAAUGGAGAUACCACAAGGUCGAGCGUGCCUGGCUCACUCGCGAUGAUUCAUAUCCAAACCCUGUCGAAGUUGAAAGGGGUGUAAGCGAACGAGGAGUGUACCUGUGGUGGGACACGGCCACAUGGAAGAAAGUCCGGCGCGAAUUCAUAUUGCGGUACGCUGAUCUGGACAAUCGACUUGACCCUGGACGAAACCUCAUGCGCGGAAUGACCUUUCCUCAAGCUUCUUGA